AAAAUCUGGCUCUAGGACGGUUCAAUUGUGACCCUCUUCUCCACUGUUUUGCUCCUCUUCUUCUUUAUUUUCUGCAAAUAACUCUUUCUUCCCUUUUGCCGAAUCACUAUAUAUAUAUUUUUUUGAUCAGAUGGCCGAAUCACUAUUCACUUACAUUGUAUUGCAGCCUACAAUUGAUUUUGAUCUGUAAUCUUGGUUUUAUUAUCCAUGGCUUCUAAAAGAACCUUAGAUCAUUCUCCUUGUUUUCCAGCCCCCCAAAGGAGAAAAGUCUCUUCUUGUUUUGCUUCUUCCUCAUCUUUGACACAACCUCGCUGGAGCUAUGACGUGUUCUUGAGUUUCAGAGGUGAAGAUACACGCAAAAACUUUACUGAUCAUCUCUACGAGGCCUUGGUUCAAGCUGGAAUUCGCACCUUCAGGGAUGAUGACGAACUUCAAAGAGGACGUGAAAUUUCUUCGGAGCUGCUAAAAUCAAUCGAAGAAUCAAGGACCUCCAUCGUUGUUUUCUCAAGAAACUAUGCUUCUUCGAGAUGGUGCCUUGAUGAGCUCGUGAAGAUCAUUGAAUGCAAGAAAACACUUGGACAAUUAGUUCUCCCAAUAUUCUACGAUGUCUGUCCAUCUGAUGUACGGAAACAAACAGGGUAUUUUGGAGAAGCAUUUGGAAGACAUGAAAAGCGCUUUGUGGAUGAGAUGGAGAAGGUAGAGGUGAGGAGAGCUGCCCUCAAUGAAGCUGCUAAUUUAUCAGGCUGGGAUUUGCAAAAUGUUGCUAAUGGGCAUGAAGCAAAGUUCAUCCGAAAAAUUGUUAAAGAGGUUUUAUGUGAACUGAAACAUACAUUCCUAAAUGUUGCUAUGCACCCUGUUGGAAUAGAUUCUCGUGUUAAACACGUAAAGUCAUUGUUGAGCAUUGGAUCAGAUGAUGUUCGCAUGAUUGGGAUAUACGGCUUGGGUGGAAUAGGUAAAACGACCAUUGCAAAAGCUGUGUAUAACCAUAUUUACUUCCAAUUUGAAGGGAGUUGUUUUCUUGCAAAUGUUAGAGAAUGUGCAGAACAAUUCAAUGGUCUAUGUCAAUUGCAAGAACAACUUCUCUUUGAAUUAUUAGGGAUAAAGAAUCUAAAGAUUGGCAGUGCUGAUAGAGGAAUGAAUUUGAUAAAAGAAAGGCUCCACUCUAAAAGGGUACUCAUUGUUCUUGAUGAUGUGGAUCAAUUAAGUCAAUUAAAUACCUUGGCAGGAAAUCGCGAUUGGUUUGGUCCAGGAAGUAGAAUCAUUAUAACAACUAGAGAUGAGCACUUGUUGAAGGGACUGAAAGUAGAUGAAAGAUACAUGGCUAAGGAAUUGGAUCACGAAGAGUCUUUGCAGCUUUUCAGUUGGCAUGCCUUUGGCAAAACCAAUCCAUUAGAAAAUUAUGCAGAUCUUGCAAAUGGUAUAGUAAGUUAUGCUAGUGGGCUGCCACUAGCUCUUGAAGUUUUGGGUUCUUAUUUGUCUGCAAGAAACAUAGUAGAAUGGAAAAGUGCAUUUGAUAAGUUGCAACAAAUUCCUCAUGAGAAAAUUCAGGAAAAACUUAGGAUAAGUUUUGAUGCACUAGAUGAUAACAUAAAGGAUAUCUUCCUUGAUAUUGCAUUCUUUUUCAUUGGAAUGGACAGAGGCUAUGUCAUUACUAUAUUGAAUGGUUGUGGUUUCUUUGCAGAAAUUGGAAUUAGUGUUCUGAUGAGUAGAUGUUUACUGAGAAUUAGUAAAAACAAUAAGUUGAUGAUGCAUGAUCUACUUAGGGAUAUGGGGAGGGAGAUUAUUCGUGAAAAAUAUCCGAAGGAGCCUGAAAAGCGCAAUAGAUUGUGGUUUCAUGAAGAUGUAUGCUGUGUACUUGAAAAAAACAAGGGAACAGAAGCAGUUGAAGGAGUGAUCAUGACCCUACCCAUGUUAAAGAAGAUACAAUGGAGUAAUAAAGCCUUUGCUGGGAUGCCUAAGUUAAGAUUGCUUCGAAUAGAUCAUGUGUACCUUUGUGGAAAUUUUAAACAUCUAUUUGAAGAGUUAAGAUGGCUCUGUUGGCAGUACUGCCCAUUGGAGUCUUUACCAUCCAAUUUUCGUCCAGAGAAACUUCUUGUUUUAGACAUGCAAUUCAGUAGAUUUAAAACACUCUGGAUGGAUGGCAAGCAAUUCAAGAGCUUGAAAAUUUUAAAUCUUAGUAAUUCCAAAUGCCUAACAAAAAGCCCCAUCUUUUGUGCACUACCGAUGCUCGAUGAAUUACUGCUUGAAAGUUGUACAUGUUUAAUGGAGCUCCAUGAAUCAAUUGGGCUUCUAGAUAAACUUGUUCACUUGAAUUUGAAAGAUUGCAUGAACCUCAGGUAUCUUCCAGGCAGUAUCUGCAAGUUAAAGUCUGUUAAACAUAUAAAUCUCACUGGUUGUGCGAAACUAGAGGAGUUUCCAAAGCACUUGGGACAUAUGGAAAGCUUAACAGAGCUUCUUGCGGAUGGAACAGCCAUUAAACAACUACCUUUCUCUAUUGGACUACUGAAGAAUCUUAGGACGUUAUUGUUGAAGGGAUGUAAUAUGCAAUUGACAACUAAAUCCUGGUUUUCUCUCAUUUCAUCUUGGGUUUUACAGAGAAAAAAUGCUGACUCCAUAAGAUUUUUACCAUCCACUGUUUCAGGUUUGUGUUCCUUAACAAAGCUAGAUCUCAGUAAUCGCAAUCUGUCUGAAGGAGAUUUUCCAGUUGAUUUUGGGAGUUUAUCCUUAUUGCGAGUGUUGAAGUUAGACGGAAACAAUUUUCGUAGCCUACCAUAUGGCUUUAGUCAUCUAUCCAAGCUAGAAGACCUUGGGUUGGAUAACUGCACAUGUCUUCAAUCUAUCUCAGAUCUUCCUCCUAAUUUAUUGGACUUAUAUGCUUAUAAUUGUGCAUCACUUCAAAAAAUAUCCGAUCUAUCAAAAUUGAAGAAUCUAGUAGUGUGGUUGAGUAACCCCCAAUUUGAGCAGAUUCUCUCAAAUCGUUAUAAUGAUGGAAUGGAAGAUCCUCACCGUUUUCAAGGUGUACAAAUCAUUCCUCUGGACAGGCUCAACAAGCUCAGCAAUUUGCAAAAUCCCCUUCAGCAUCUUGUUGACAACUCCUUCCUCGUGAGCGACUCUUUCUAUACCGGUGGUGACUUGAGCCAACGUUUCCUCCAUCAAAUAAUAGGGUCUUCUUCGAUAUCCUUAGAAGUGCCAGUAGUGCAAGGGGAAGACGACUUCGUUGCAGGGUUCACUUGGGAAGUUGUUUAUUAUAGAUCUGGGGAUAAAGAAAGUUGCUCCAUGGAAUUAGAUAAUUUUCCACACGUCAUUAUUACUGAUAAAAUUAAUGGCAUCGAUUUUACUUAUACUCCAACCUUCUUCGGCAUCCCUGAGAGUUGUGCAAAUUAUCUUUGGGAAUGCCAUAUGUUUGUUGAAGAUUAUUUUGGGUAUAGAAUUAAAGGUGGUGAGCAAUUCGAGAUUUCUUUCAUUAUGCCGUCACCUAUUAAAGUUAAGCAAUGUGCGGUGGAUCUGAUUGUCUAUUACCAGAGCCACAUCACCUACCAUGGAUUGAGUAAGUACUGGAGGCCUCGUUCUACAGAUGACGAAGUAUGAUCAUGAAAAUUGUCACCAAAACAUCAAUUGUAAUGGGCCAUCUCACAUUUUCCUUUGAAUAAAUAUGAAUAAAUUACAAAUACAUUUGCUUA